AGAUGUGCUGGUGGUGAACUAUUUCACUCCUCAUGGCAUAUAAGCAUAGCCCAAAAUAUAAUACAUGUUGAUGUACAUGUACACAGCAUGUAAUGGUUGACAGUAUUACUGCGAAUGUUACCUAAUGCUUAUUUGGUUAAGUGGACUUUUAUAACAGUACAGGUGCUAUUUAAAGAGCAGUUGGGAUCAAACUUAUUGUUGACAGGUAAACCUUGCAGGUAUUUAUUUCGAUCAUAAAUGUGAUACUGUAUGUGGAGGUGCCUUGUUGUAUUGAAUAGCUGCAGAGUUGCGUAUUUGUUACCUUUGGGUUUUUGGAUGGAGCUGUCCUCAAUCUGACAAUGUCACAUCCCGGCACUCAGUGGUAAACCUGAGAUCAUAGUUAUCGACUCAUCAAAACUCAUGUACGAAACGUUGGUGACUGCGGGAUCAAUGAAAUCAUUCACAGAAUUGCCGAUAGGGGACAACAAAUUAUGGAUUAACCUAAAUUCACCUGGAGUCUGUUUUGGCACCAGGCCCAAAGGUGAACAACGGAAAUGAGGAAGAAGCUGGGAAAAAAGGACCAGCAACGGGACCCAAAGCGAUUUAUCGCAGUCACACCGCAGGUUGUUUACUUAUCAGAUUGUGAAGAUCCAGUAGAAAAUGCUCAUGUCAGUUACCACUUGAUGGGAUCAACUGGAUUGGAAUUGACAAGAAAACAAACCGAGAAGCUGACAUUUUGCCAGCAUGGAUGAUUCUGUGGCAAUCAAUAUGACCGAGUUACCACGGACAGCCUCUUCUGACUCAGCCAGGGAGCGUAAUCCUGAGUUAGAUGCUGAGAUGGAGAAGGUGUUCCAGCCCCCAGUCAAAUUUGAGAUCCUUGAUACUUCAGUGGAAGUACAGCCUGGACAUAACAUUCACUUUGAUGAACAGGACUAUGAAAGACACCGGCACUAUGACCACCAUCAUCAUCACCAUCCUCUCAGUCCACUGCGUAAGAACAAGAGCUGCCCUCGCAUAUCUGGUCCAAGUGAUCGAUCCCAUCACCACUCCAGCGCCAAGCACCAACGUCCUAGUGUCGUGGGUAGCUUCUCCGAGAGGAGUGAGAUCAGCCCUAUAGCCGAGGGGGAAACGGAAGGGGAAGGGAAUGGAGAGGAGGCCGAGGAGCAAGAUGCAGUCAAGGAGAUAGAGGUGCCUGUUGAAGUCAAGGAGGACAAGGUUAAUGGAGAGGAGAAGAUAGAGGAAGAACCAAGGCGAAAUGUGCCAAAGUUCACCAUCGGGGAUCCAGAUCAAGACGAAGAAGGUAGUUAUCACAUGGGAGGUCAAGAACCAGAAACUAUGGAAAAUACCCCAGUGGAAGAUGCUGAGUCAAGAAAACACCACCACAAGCACCAUCAUCACCACCAUCAUCAUCACCGCCAUCACCAUAAAGACAAGGAUUAUCUGACGCCUGAAGAUGCAAUCCAUCGGCAUCAUAGACAUCAUCACCAUCAUAAGAAGCAUAGCUCUACUGAUGUUCCAGAGCUAAGAUACCGUAAAGGGAGUAGUGUCAACCUAGAGGGAAUGACUAGAGUCCCUACAGAGUUGGAUGAAGCCAUGACCCUUAAAGAAGCUGAUUUGGAUGACAUAGCCAUUCAUCGACUAGCGGAUGUUCCUGGAGUUCAUCGACACAGAGUAACAAGGAAAGUGAGCUCCUUGAUCCACAUCGGUCAACGAUCUACUGAAGUAUUGGACCAAAUGGCCAAGACUGGAGGGAAGAAGGAAUUUGAUCACCGACCUCAUGAGGUCUUUGUAGAACUAGAUGAGUUAUACAAGGUUGAAGGUCAUGAUAUGCAGUGGAAGGAGAAAGCACGCUGGAUCAAGUUUGAGGAGGAUGUUGAGGAGGGUUCUGAUAGAUGGGGCAAGCCUCACAUUGCUUCGUUGACAUUCCAUAGUCUGAUAGAGCUACGCAAACUGUUGGCACAGGGUGCAACCCUUUUGGAUUUGGAAGAGACACAUUUAUCUGAUAUCUUCCAUCGGAUUGUGGAGAAGAUGAUCACAUCAGAUCAGAUCAUGGAGGAGAAUACAGGCGAUGUAAUGAGAGCUCUGCUGCUCAAACACAGGCACGUGCAUGAACGUCACGGCCUGUUGAAGAAUCUAUCCACAGUCAGCUUAUCCUCCAUGAUUGGUGGGCAUCACCAUGACAACAUGCAUCGGAACACCCAAUCCGAAGUCAAUUUCAGGCAUCUUAAAGAAGGCCAUAGCAUUCUGAAGAACAUGUCCUCAAUCAGUUUGAGUGGAAGCAGUGAGAAAGAUAAGAUGACCAAACAUGCCACAGAGCCAGCAGACAUUGAGCUGCUGUACGAGACUGAGAUCAAGACUCCAAUGUUGAUGCCGUCCAAAGAGGAACUUAGCAUUCCUGACAUUGAUGAUAGUGCUCCCAUCAACAAUCAGUAUUCAUCUAGUGUUCCAACGCAAAGACCCAUCCACAUCUCCCGAUCCUUCGCUAAGAGGUUAGACCAGCAACGUCUUGAAGGCAUUAUGCGCAAGAUUCCUGCGGAUGCAGAGGCAACUACUGUCUUAGUUGGUGAAGUUGACUUCCUCAAGAAACCCACCGUGGUGUUUGUCCGUCUUGCUAAGGGAACAGUGUUAGAGAAUUUCUCUGAGGUGCCCAUUCCUGUUAGGUUUGUCUUCGUGUUGCUUGGACCGAGUCUUAGCUCAGUGGAUUAUCAUGAGCUGGGUCGUUGCUUCUCAACUCUCAUGUCCAGCGAGCACUUUCAUGAGACUGCUUACAGUGCUGACUGUAUGGAUGACCUACUGAGCGCUAUGAACGAGUUCAUCGAUGACUCUGUAGUCCUGCCAGCUGGGAACUGGGACAAGGAUCUGUUGCUUCCAAUCCUACGCACUCAAAACAUGAAGAUGAAACAGAGGAGACAGAAGAAAGAAGAAGACAUAGAGGAGGAGGAGGAGGAAGAAUUACUGCCACCAGAUAUCACGGAAGUUGAUCACAAGGUUAAGCCCAUCAAACGACCAGCAAAGUUCAUUGACCCUUUGAAGCGUACUGGAUGUCUGUUUGGAGGUCUCGUGAAUGAUAUCAAACGGCGGUAUCCUUGGUACCUUAGUGAUCUCAAAGAUGCUGUGAAUCUACAGUCUCUUGCGUCUGUCUUCUUCAUCUUCUUUGCUGCUUUUUCCCCAGCGAUCACCUUUGGUGGUUUACUGGCUGAUAAGACGGACAACAUGAUUGGUGUAUCUGAGAUGAUCUUAGGUACAGCGAUCUGUGGUGUGGUCUUUGCUUUGAUAUCCGGUCAACCUCUCAUCAUCAUUGGUGCGACAGGACCAGUGCUAGUCUUUGAAGAAAACUUGUAUGCUUUCUGUGUCAACAGUGAAAUUGAAUAUCUUCCAUUUCGAGCCUGGGUUGGCAUUUGGAUUUUCGUCAUUGCUAUAGUGACGGUGGCACUAGAGGGCAGUGUUCUUGUACGACUUUUCACACGAUUCACAGAGGAUAUAUUCUCCCUCCUCAUCUCACUCAUUUUCAUCUAUGAAGUCUUCAAGAAGUUGGCAGCUGUGUUUGCCAAGCAUCCUCUUCUUGAGAACUACUGUUUGGAUGAGGAUGACUUCAACUCAACAGAAGUCUACACAACUAAUUACACAGAGCUGACAACGCCAGUCUAUCCAGCUAAUGUUACAGACAACAUGAACUCCACGGUUUGUACUGUAUCAGCUGACGUCAAGAAAAACAUGCCCAACACAGCACUGCUGUCAAUGAUUCUCACGCUUGGAACAUUCUUCUUGGCAUAUUUCUUGCGGAUCUUGAGAAACAGCCGUUUCCUUGGUAGAGGGGCACGUAAGACCAUUGGUGAUUUUGGCAUUCCUAUUGCCAUUGUUAUCAUGGUGAUGGCAGAUGUGCUGAUUUCUCCAACUACAUACACCCAGAAACUGAAUGUUCCCAGUGGUUUGAAUCCAACAAACAGUUGUGCUCGAGGUUGGUUUGUGAAUCCACUCGGUAUGCACCGACCUAUUCCUGCUGGCCUGGUGUUUGCAGCUAUCAUCCCUGCCUUCCUUUGCUUCAUCCUCAUCUACAUGGAAUCACAGAUUACCAACUUGAUCAUCAACAAGAAAGACAACAAACUGAAGAAAGGUUCUGGCUUCCAUUUGGACUUGUUUAUCCUUGGUGGCAUGGCAUGUUUCAAUUCACUCUUGGGUAUGCCAUGGAUGUGCUCGGCUACGGUGAGAUCGGUGACUCACUUGGGAAGCUUGACCGUGUUGAGUAAGACUCAUGCUCCCGGUGAGAAGCCAAGGAUAGAAGGAGUCUGGGAGCAACGAGUGACUGCGUUUAUUGUCCAUCUACUCAUUGGUUUGUCCAUUGCUUUGGCACCCCUCCUGAGACAAGUUCCAUUAUCUGUUCUCUUUGGAGUCUUCCUGUACAUGGGCAUUGUAUCAUUGAAUGGUGUACAGAUGGUAGAUCGUCUGCUGCUCAUGUUUAUGCCAGUCAAACAUCAUCCAGAUGUCUCCUACACCAGGAAGGUGAAGACAUUCCGUAUGCAUAUGUUUACGAGCAUCCAGUCGAUAUGCCUAGCUAUACUCUGGGCUGUUAAGAGCACACCUGCAGCACUGGCAUUCCCUUUCUUCUUGAUUUUACUGGUUCUCAUCAGACAACUCAUGAAAAGGCUGUUUUCAGCUUCAGAAUUAGAAGCACUUGACAGUGCGGAAACUGAAAUUGAUCCAGAAGAGGAAGAUGAAUAUCAAGCAUCUCACAUGCCUGUGUAAGGUGUUAGGAAAAAUUGAUAUCUGAAUAUGCUACAUGUAUGUUACAUGAGUAAGACAAUCCUCUUGACAAAGCGCAUGAUUACUAAGCAACAAAACGUAAUCUGCCCUGAGUUGAAGUAUACCCCCAAGUGGUUAAAGAAAGACACUUAAAGUUUUUCAAGUGGGUUCUUGCAUGCGUUCUGUGUGUACGCAAAGACCAUGCAUGAAGGAAUAAAUUUCUUAUGUGUACUCAGCGUGCUCCGCGUCAAACGCGCCAUUGAGCCCAUUAUAAAUGCGCGCCUAUGCAGUGAGUACUAAAAAAACACGCCUUCUUUUGUUCCACUCGGAGUGGAUACAAGUACUAGCAGCUUCUCGACAACAAAUUUUAUAGUUUAUUAACCUUUUGUAAUAAACAGUUGCCAAAGCCUUGUAACCUGGGGAGAAAAUGCUCUUUUUUUAUUUGAAUGCAUGUAAGUACUAUAAAAAGAAACAUUUUGAGAUUUAUCUGGAGUUAUUUCCUGUUGUCAUAUUAAAGCUAUUUUUGUAAAGGAGAAUGUAGAUACAUAUUCCUUUGGGAAGUUCAUUGGAUGCAGAUAAGUAAUAUUUUCUUUCUUGACCAUUGCAGCAUGAUUUUUUAUUUGGACUGAGAUAAUGAAAGGAAGUAUGGGCAAAUGUCUUGUUUGAGCAAUUACCUUGAGGUGAAGGCACCUGCAGUCCCUUCUGCCAAUAGAUACAAUUUGGCAUAGAUAUGAGGCCUUAUAUUUCCCACAUCCUUUCAAGGCAAGCCCUUGAAAUUAUUAGUUUCCCCAUAAAAGUCUUGAAACUCAAGGAAUCUUUAACCCAACACUUCUGAAAUUCCCCAAAAUGAAAUACCUGUGUAACACAUCAGAACAAAUUUGACUCACAUUUUCGGUAAAGACACCCACCAGUAAAUGUUGAGUUGAAUUGUUAAAUACAUAGCUACCUUUGAAGAAUUUUUAAGAUGAUUUACAUUUGACGACAGUACUACAAGUAUGUACUAUUUGAACAUGAUAUGUACAUGUACUGAGUGCAGAAGAAAUCAGUCACUUUAAGAAUUUUCUUAAAUGAAUUUCUGACCAACCCAUGAUAGUACUUUGUUUCAGACAUAUGUCAUUGUUAAUUUCAGGCUCUAACAUACAUGUAUGUUACUGAACUGGAUUUUGUACUACCUCUUUUUUUACCCCUUAGUCUAUAAUGCAAAGGUCUGAUAUCAAGUGAACCAAAUUUACAUUUAUAGUACUAAGUUAGUGAAGAUCCUUGUUACAGGUAGUGUUCGGUCAGCAUUGUUUUGAGAAUUGUCACAAGUGAUAUACAUGUAUACUUUAACUCAUCCCAGUUCAAUGUUUGAAAUCACAGUACAUCUUUUAGGGGGAUAUUGAAUCGUAAUGUUCAUAUUAACAGUUUGAUUUUGCUUCUUAAAUGAAUUGAGCCCGGGUGACCCCUUGAACCACUGAAUUAUAUGUACAUUCCAAAGUGUUAAAAUACUGUUCACUGUUUGUUAUCCUACCUAUCAAUAUUAUGUAGUACUGAUUUAGUUUAUUUGGCCCUGUAAGUACUGUCUGAGCUAUUUGCCAAAGAGUGCCUACUAUAGAAACCACCCAUAAUGCAUGUUAUACCUCGCAAAGGUUAAUUUAAUGGACAUAAACAUGAAUUGAAUGCUAUUUUUAUUACACCCUUCUUCCACUCUAAGGUACAACUUGCCAAGAAGGUAUCUUUUUGCCUGUUUCAUUUGUGUGCUGUAAUGUUUGCACAAAUUAUGAAUCACUACUUUUUGUUCUGCAGUUUUAAAAUUUACCAACAUUGGUUUGCGUAUUCCACUGAUGCAUUUCAGGAUACUUGUACAUUGUAUUUGCAUUUUGGUGAAGGAAUGUAAAAACCAGUGAACAAAAUGUCAGCUGACAAUACUCUGUACAGUGUUAUGUGUACAUGUACAGUCUUAUUAAAGCACCAGUACAUGUUUUGAAUUACUGAAAAAUGAAAGCUAUUAAAACA